AUGAUCGAUGAAAACCUACCCACGUUCUUCCUCAAGAACAACUCAAAACAACCUCAAAUCAGCACGAUCUACCAUCGUCAACAUGGAAAUGACCCCGAACCUGCUUACUCGUUGCGUGCUCUGGACCCGGCCGCCCCAACAUCACAAAACCGUUACGGAGUCGCGCUGUACGACCCCUACGUGACAGACGUGGUCUACGGCGAGGUCGCUGUGGCUCCAGAUUGGACCCAACCGAGUCUGUCGGCAGACACCAUACGAGCAAAUGGCGGCGUUGUACCGCCCCCCGAACCCAUACUCCCUACAGAGUUCACCAUCCAACUCUACAAUCCUGACCAAGAGAUCACAGUGAAAUAUCAUACCAAAUCAUGGAACAAACCAGCACGGUGGGAAUUCGAGAUGCCGCAAAACACGUUCCGGGUUCCGUCCACCUCAGCGUUAGACCAGACACAAAUCGAUCCCUCUCUUGCGGACGUUACUCCGAAGUUGAGGUUCAGCUGGCGCAAGGAUGGGAAACUGUCCAAGGAUUUGACAUGUCUGUUGCAUGGUAAAACUUCAACAAUUUCGGACACCCGCACAAAGAGCCGUGAGCCAGAUAUUACGGUCGCUCUAUUUCAAGGGCUCAAGGAGCUGACUCUCUACGAGCCCAAUCUCUAUCGCGUCGAGAUGGAGGAUACCAAGGGUUUGGAGGUCGUGCUCCUCUUGGCUGCCGUUGCGAUUCGAGAUAUUUUCUUUGGGCCUGCCAAGGAGGCUUUUCAUAUCACCCCCGGGGGGCUAACCAGGCGCGAUCGGAGGAACUCACAGCCUCGCCCCUCUGGAUCAGAAGUGAGCCGCAAGCCAUCGAAACCUCGGCUUAGCAUCCCGAACUCCUCAUCCCCAGCCCCACAGGAGAGGAGGCGACAGGACGAACUCGCAAGACAGGAGGAGGAGCGACGAACCCAGGAGGUUCUCGCCGCAGAGCAAAAAGCACGGCGUCGGCGAGAGGCAGAAGUCGAAAAAGAAACCAAACGUCUGCAGCAGUUAUACGGGAGAGAAGAAGAGCAAGCACGAAUGCAACAACGUACUCCAGCACCAUCUUCCAGGCCCUACCUCCCACCCCGACACACAGGGCCCGGUCAGCCUUAUUCCCACCAAUACUCUCAAUCCUCAGUCCAACUUUCCUCCCAAGCUACAGGCCGUCCCUCCCAUCCUCCCCAUGGCGUUUCCAACAGCCCAUACCUCCAUGCACCGGGCCGCAUGGAUCCCCGAGCCCAAUCCUCUACACACCUCAUGCAGUCACGACCACAGCAAUCACGCCCACAACCCCGACCUCAGUCUUCUGUUAUGUUCCACCAACAACCCACCAGCAGCGGUGCGCUCCCAGCGGCAUCGAAACCAACGCCUCAAAUUCAACCAAAAAAGAGCAGUUUCUUUGGUUUCCGGCGUAACAAAGAAGAAAAUACUGUUUCAAAGAAGCGGAGUUCUAUGGUCUGA